AAAUGCUAUCAAUAUUAAGAAAAAAAGAUAGAUGAUAGAUAUUUUUUAAAAAAUAACAAAAGCUAAAAGUUCGUUAAUGGAAGAAAAAAAAAAAGAAAAGAAAAAGGAAAAUGACAAAAGAGGAGAGAAGACAAAAGUUAGAAAAUAAGAAAAUGAAAAAGAAAAAGGGAAAAGACAAAAAAGGUCAAGAAAGUAAUAAUUACAGAACGGAGAAAGAGAGGACAGAUGGUGGGAGAGCAGAGGUGUAGGCGUGGAGGGGGAGAGAGAAUUUUGAGGUACGUGUUUGGAAAUGGGAUAAAAUAGAAACAUAAAUGAUUACAAUUCCUCAAUUUUGAUCUACACUUUGAAAAAAUCUCAAAUUUGUUGAACAAAAAUUUAGAAACGUUAUAAGAAAAAACAUGAAAUAAGAUUUUUUUUCAAUAAGAAUCUAACCUCCUACCUUUAAAAUAGAAAAAGAAAGUUAUCAUACAUAUUUAAGUAUAGUUAAUAUAACUUAAUCAUGCUUAGAUUAAGAUGAAAAAAGAUUAAUUUUAUUUAUUUAUUGAUAUUAUUAUUGUUGUUUUUGGAAUGCAGUGCUCAUGUGUGCUAUCAACCUUAUCUCUGAUUUCAUGUUCCACCACUUAAUUGCAAAACAAUGAUAAUAAUUAUAAUAAAUAACAAUAAUAUUGAAAUAAAUUUAGAUGAAUAAUAUUUGAUUACAUCUUUAUUCUUAUAAUUACAGUGGAUAAUAAUUUUAGAAAUAAUUAAAAAAAAUUAUAAAAUAUGUCAAAGUUUAUUAUCAAUAGACUUCGAUCGUCGAUAAACUUUAAUAUAAUAUAAAAGUUUAUAAUAUAAAAGUUUAAUAUAAUAUCAAUCCUAAACCCUAAACCUUAAACUUUAAUAUAAUAUAAAAGUUUAUCGACGAUUGAAGUCUAUUGACAAUAAACUUUUAUAUUAUAUUAAUGACAUAUCAAUAUUUGUAAUAUGAUUCAUUAGACUUUAUUAACUCUAUUUUAUAAAUAUUUUCAUAUGUAAAGAGCCAUUUUUAAAUAUAGAAAAAAAAGUUGAAACUAUUCCUAAAAUAUAAAGAAUAUAUUAAAAUUCCUAAAUUUUAUUUAAAUACUUUUGUUAUAAUUAAUAAAUAAUUUUAAUUUUUACUGUUAUUGAUUUUCAACUGCGUCACAUCAUUUAAUAUUCCACGUAUACUCAAGUUGUAGUGCAGUACAAAUAAUAGAAAAAAUAAAAUCUCGUCCCUCGUACUUGGACAUACGUAAAUAAAGCCAUUCGUUCAACUUAGCAAAUAACAACGUGCCGUAGUGAAAUAGAGAACCAACUGAUCAUGGAGUAUCCAACUUUAAAGGACGCCAUACCUUUAGCCCCUAUCUCUUAAGUUUCAACAUCUUCAACUCCCACUUCCUCGGAGCUCAGUGGCUGGCGCCGCUGUACGACAGUCUUCUUUGAUGUUAAAACCCGUUCCAUCCCCCUUCCAUCUCCGGCUGCCACCAUGCAACCGUCUCCCUCGUUGAUUACUGGCCCUAUCAGAACUCUAACGACCACCGUCCGACCUUCCACCAUCAUCAUCCAAGCCUAUCAGUACCAGCAACCUAAUCCAAAGUUCAAUAGUCUUUUUGGAUAUAGAACUGACCUUGUCGGUGCUUGUAGCCGUAGCUUUCCUGCUUGUGCAAGUCGCAGCCCUGGACCUCAAGUUCCUGCUGCUUCUGCUCCUUUAAUCCAAACCCAUCUUGGUGCUGCGUCUCGGACGUCGACACUGGAAAAGAUGAAUACCAUCGAGGAGGAACUUGAAAAGGCCAUUUAUCGAUGCCGAUUCAUGGCAUUUUUGGGCGUCUUAGGGUCUUUAAUUGGCUCUAUUCUCUGUUUCAUCAAGGGGUGCGUUCAUGUAGCAGCAUCUUUCUCUGAGUAUUUCGUGAAUCGUGGAAAAGUGAUCAUGGUGUUAGUUGAGGCCAUAGAUGUGUAUCUCUUAGGAACUGUGAUGCUAGUCUUUGGCACGGGUCUGUAUGAGCUGUUUAUCAGCCAACUUGGAAAUGCACGGUCAUUAUCAAAGAGUAACGUUGAGCAUAAAUCCAAUUUAUUCGGCUUGUUUCCUUUAAAGUCUUGUUACAGUUGUAUAAGAUCGUAUUCUGCAGGAACGACCUAAAUGGAUGAAUGUAAGGACAGUAAACGAGCUGAAAACAAAGCUGGGACACGUCAUAGUGAUGCUGCUUCUAAUUGGGUUCUUUGACAAGAGUAAAAAAGUGGUAAUACAAUCUCCAGUUGAUUUGCUUUGCUUGGCUGUUUCAAUAUUCCUUUCCUCUGGUACCCUGUUUUUGCUGACUAAACUAACUGAAUGAAAGUAAUUAGAUAUGUACAAAUAUAUUUAUGUAAUAUCCCUUCCUCUCUUUUUCUUUUUUUACUUUUUACUUUGCCAUUUUUGCCCCUCCUUGAGAACAGUUAGAAACCAUGAAAUAUUACUAUUGUAAAUGGGUGUGUAAGAUUAUUGUAAGAAGAUGCUGUUGGAGUGUAGAUUUUACUGCAAAGGAGUAAAUAAACAAAGAAAUGAAGCUUUGGGAAUAAGAAA